CAGAAUUAAAUAAAUAAAUUUAAAGCCGAGAGAGAGGACGCUCAGUUGUUUGUUGGUUCAUUUGCUCUGUCUCUGCCAAUCCAACGGCUUCUCUCCCACGUUUCUUCUCUCCUCCUUCCUCACUUCCGCAAACGCACGCUUCUCUGUCUUCUUCUUCUUCUUCUUCAUACUUGAAACCUCCAACUUCGGGUUCCUUUUUCGCGGGUUUGAAUUUGGGUCGGUUCAAUAUUUGAUUCGGCCCCUAACGACGAAAUUGAGGUUUCGGGUCGAUCCGAAUACGAUCAUUUUGCAUUUCUGAGUUCGAUUUGAUUGGAAGACGAACGAGUCUCGAGAAUGCCACAGGAUUUGUCGUCGGACCAAGACACGGACGAUGCUGAUGCCGAGUUCGUGGAGGUUGAUCCCACUGGUCGAUACGGUCGGUAUAAAGAGAUUCUAGGAAAAGGGGCUUUCAAGAAAGUAUAUCGAGCUUUUGAUGAAUUGGAAGGAAUAGAAGUAGCUUGGAAUCAGGUUAAAGUGGCAGAUCUAUUACGCAACUCUGAAGAUUUAGAGCGGCUUUAUUCAGAAGUUCAUUUGCUUAAGACUUUAAAGCACAAGAACAUAAUUAAGUUUUACAAUUCGUGGGUCGAUGCCAAGCAUGAGAAUAUCAACUUUAUUACGGAGAUCUUCACUUCAGGAACAUUGCGGCAAUACCGGAGAAAGCAUAAGCAUGUUGAUUUGAGGGCGUUGAAGAAAUGGUCUAGGCAGAUUUUAGAAGGCCUUUGGUAUCUUCAUAAUCACGACCCCCCUGUUAUCCAUCGAGAUUUGAAGUGUGACAACAUUUUUGUCAAUGGGAACCAAGGUGAGGUGAAAAUUGGUGACUUAGGACUGGCUGCUAUUCUUCGCCAGGCUCGCUCAGCUCAUAGUGUUAUCGGUACUCCAGAGUUUAUGGCGCCAGAGCUUUAUGAAGAGGAAUACAAUGAGCUAGUAGACAUUUAUGCCUUUGGCAUGUGCUUGUUAGAAUUGGUGACCUUUGAGUAUCCAUAUGUUGAAUGUACCAAUGCUGCUCAAAUAUUCAAGAAAGUGACAUCAGGAAUAAAGCCAGCAUCAUUGGCGAAAGUGACAGAUCCUGGAGUUAAAGCAUUUAUAGAAAAGUGCAUCACGAAAGUCUCUGAUCGUUUGCCUGCCAAGGAACUUCUAAUGGAUCCUUUUCUCCAAUCUGAUCAGGAUCGUGAAAGUGUAUCUCGUUCUCUACGACCCGAAACUCAUUAUUCAGAUGCAGAAGGCAGUUCUGAUCAGAUUGAUAAUGGAACAAAGGAUAUGGACCCUUCUCCUGAGACGAAUAAAGACUUCACUGUGCAAGGCCAGAGGAAAGAUGACACAAUAUUUCUGAAACUACGAAUAGCAGAUUCGACAGGUCACUUUCGAAAUAUCCACUUCCCAUUUGACAUUGGGGCAGAUACUGCAAUUGCUGUUGCUAGUGAAAUGGUUCAAGAGUUGGACCUAACAGAUCAAGAUGUCACAACAAUUGCUGAAAUUAUUGAUGCUGAAAUCCAAUCCCACAUUCCAGAUUGGACAUCCAGUGAAAUUUCUGGAGAUAACAUUGAUGCUGAGGUCUCAACUCCAUAUAGCCCAGUUUCUGAGUCUAAGGAUGAUGCUUCUGCCUUGGUACAUGAGGCCAUCCUUUCUAGUAAUCUUGCACUAGAAAGAUUGCCUUCAGGUCGCAAGUACUGGUCUGACUCACCCAAGGAAGGUAGUGGAAAUUCUCCAGGGAAGCAUGGGUUUUCUAACUUGCAUUCUCCAGCAGAUUCGGUCAUUGCAGGAGGUACUGAAGACAAUGAAAAUUCUCCUGGUAGCAAUAGAGAGGAAGACGAUCCAAACGGCACAGGUGCCUCUGAUUCACCAAAUAGUGGUCCUGAGGAUGAUGAAAAAUCUCCUGGUAGCCUUAGAGAGGAAGAUGAUCCAACUUGUGCUGUUGCCUCUGAUUCACCAAAUGGUGGUGGUCAUAGUGCAGCUACUGAUCUACAUAUUAUUAAUGGAGCUCAUCCAUUUGAAUCAGAAGAAGUCAAGAUCAUUGCUGAGAAACUUGAGAAUCUAUUGGUAGAACAGAAAAAGGAGUUAGACAAGCUCAAGAGGAAACAUGAAUUAACAAUAUCAGACGUAUUGAAGGAAAUACCCCCGGUUUUCUGUCAAAAGGUUUUAGAUAUAUGUAAGAUGAAGAUUCCAGACUACAAAAUGCUUUAUGAGGCAGACUGCUAAACCAAGCAAUUUGCAAAUUCAGCUUUUCUUGGCCCUGUCAUGUCUCCAAUUCCAGUGCUUGAUAUAUAGAUUAUGCACUAGUUGUGCGGUUGACAGAUAAUAGAAAUCACAGAGAUGUUUUAUACUUAGGUAAAGUUGGGGAGCCUGAACUAGUAGCUGUAUUUUAUGCAGCUGGAUGGAUAUUGAGAGAGAGAUUUGUAAUAUAGAUGCUGCAAGUCAUAGCCUGGAGGACAAUCAUGCUUGUCAUCUAGAUCAGCUUUUAGAGUGACCCCUGAAGCCCUGAUGAUCCGGUACAUGAACUCCCACGAAUGAUUUGAUUCUGCCGAGGUAAGACAUCGGUCUGACAAGUCGAAAUGAUGCCUAAAGAUCAACGUACCACCUACUUACAGAAUACGGGGUCAACAAAAUAUGGAGUUUAUACCUGUACAGAUAAUUCUUUUACUUUCUUGCAUCUGAGCACA